AUGAACCUUCUCCUUUCAGUCCUCCUUCUCCUACCCACUCUCACCCAAUCCUUCAGUCUAGAUACUCACACGAAUCACUGGAACUACACGACCUCCGACCUCGCCACCACUACCUCGGUCAAAUGCAAAUCUGCCUACGCCGCCGACAUCAAAUGUGAUGGAUUCCUCAUCAACCUGGUCAACGCCCACGAGUCGCGCACCCACCUGAAAACCAUGGAGCCUAGAAACUUUACCGACAUGUGCACCUCGACCUGCGAGUCCUCUCUGUCCGAGUACAUCGAGAACGUGAGGGAUGCGUGCAGCGGGCCCGGUGACGCGGCGGUCAAAGCUAAGGGAUACUUGUGGUUUAACGGGACCGAGAAUGUUCCGGUCGAGACGGUGGGGUUGAUGUUUCAGUAUAUGUUUGUGAGGGGAUGUGCGAAUGAUAAACACGGAAAAAAUUGCUACAACCAACAAAGCGGCUACCUUCCCUCCGACUUCGCCUGUGGCUGGGACUGCGCUCUAGCGUACUACUGGACGGCGCACUUCUAUCCCUACAACGACUGGACCUUCGGAGAUCCCGAGCUGAGAGAUUUUUCUAAGAAGGAGAACGAUGCUGUCUUAUACAGUAACUACAUGAUGGAUAGUGCCUUGGGAAACUCGACGGUUGAAAUGCAAAAGGGAUGGGAGACUGUGAAGAAAUGUGGGCGGGAAGGCAGCAAGAAGUCGCCGCCUUUCGAUACGGGGAUUUCGGGGGGGAAGGGAGAUGGAAAGAGCGAGAAGGGUAGAGGUAGCUCUUCCUCUUCUUCUUCCUCUGCGUCAGGUACAUCGACCGGGGUGGCUUCGACGAGCGCUGCUGCUUCUACGCCAAUCGAGACUGGCUCUGCUGAGAGGGUCGAGCUCGUGAUGGGAUAUUUACUUGCGGGAGCUGUGGUUUUGUCCGGGUAUAUGGUGCUGUAG